GUCGUUAAAAUGGAGGCAUGAAAUAUUGUAGUCGAGUUGUGCAAAACAAAUUAUUUCAAGAUGGAGAUAAUAGAAAACUGUGUGACAAGUGAAGCAGAAAAAUAUAGUCCAGCGGUCGGCGAGUCAAAAAUUCAGAAGAUUUCUUUGUGUUGUAUAUAUUCAGAAACUGAUAAAAAUCCCAGACGAUUCAGGAAGAAAAACAAGUUUUGUGCAUAUCAUACAUUCAAUCUAAAGAAGUUACAGUUGUGUGUUUGUUGGGCCCAAUUUGUACCUUGUAUGGUAAAUUGUAGAAACAUUUGGAGUAUGUUUGAUACAGAUUAAUUUCUGUGUAGAUAGCCAAUUAAUAACGUAAUACAUAUAACGAUGGUAUGUUGCUAGGUUUCCACGUUACGUUAGAGAAUAAACAACGUUAUAUAUUAAGCGAAACUUUCAAGGGAAACUUGGACUUGGAACUCUUAUUGCAAACCAUGGAUAUCCCGGGAAUUGAAAUUUGUGCUGAAGAUCUCUUGUCAUAUAGAACUUCGAUGCAUCGGUUAUCGGACACGGGGAUACAUAAAUCGGUGAUCCCAUUUGUUGAGCUUACUGGCCAUAAGUUGGAAGAGCCAUUGGUUCAUUCUUUUGGAAUGGCAGAACUACAGUUAACAAAACAUUUUAAUCUAACUGGAAAACUACAUAGUUUCACAAGUGAUAGAAGAAACUGUAUGAGGCACGAGAGUUUUUUGCCUCCAAAAGGAAUAUACAGUCAGAAGUUCCCAGCAGUUUCCCUGUCACAAUUGGUAGGGGGAUUUGUUGGUAGUAAAAGCCAACUAGGAUCCUCUAGUAGAGAAUCAUGUCAAAUUUGGGACAUUAUUUUUCGUAAACUUUCAGAGUUCUGUUGUGCACCACAGCCUGUGUGCUGCUCAUUAUUUGCAAACAAAAAUUCUCCAACUUGUUACAAUUUUGGAAACAGUUUGCACCGAAAAAUACAGGGACCCUUUUCUCAGGGAAGUGUUUCGACUCUUGGUGGUUCACAUGUCAUAGAAGAAGACAUUGCUAGCCCAUUGCAAGAUAUGAUAAUUGGUACACUGCCACAUCCUAAGACUGUAUCAUGUAAUUCUAUUCGUUGGUCAUCAAAGUCUGCUCCUUCUGUGAUAUCAAGUUCUUUGUGGAAUGGUAACAAAUUUUGUCCUCCAUCUGAUGUUUUGAAGCAGUCAUAUGCUGAAGUGGCAAAAUCUUUUUCUGUAGCUCAACAAAGUAAGCAACAGUGCUCAAGAGCACCUACUAUGAAAAGGAGAAAUAGCUCUUCACGUUGUGGUAACAUGUUGAGAAAUAGCGUAAGACAGUUUGUUUGUACAUACCACCAUGAUUCAUCUGGAAAGGGACAUAAAUUGGCUGUUGGCUGCACAAAGAAAUCAAACUAUUCUAAAUAUAAAGCAGUAAAUCUGGAACAAGUAAACAAGACUACAGAAAAUAAUAGAGAUAUUUGUAAAUCAAAUUUUGAAAGAAUAAAUAGUGGGAGGAAUAUUCAGGAUAUGAAACAGGAUUCUCUAAGGACUGUGUCUAAGAAAGUAGACAUGGAUUGCUCUCAAGUGAUGUAUGAUGCUAGUACAGGUGACAGUUCAAAUUGCGAAAACAUUAGGAAAGAUAAACGUACUAAAUCAUGUACUGUAAUAAAGUGUAGCUCAUCCAAAGGUGGAGAUAUGGAUGCAUGUACUGUGUUCACUAAUGAAGUUGAUGGUGGCAGCAUAUCUGUUGUAGUUUGUGCAUCUGGUAAGGUACAGACAUCAACCUCUAGUCCUGAAAGUCAUCAUUGUUCUGAAGAAAGUUCACCUAGAAAUAGAUCGUCAUCAGAUUGUUCAACUGAUAGUGAUGACAGUUUUGUGGUUUUUGAAUCCGGUGUGGAUUCUGAUCCUGUCACAGUGGUACUAGUCUCUGAUUCCGAACUCUCUGAAGAUGAAACCAUUAACCAUCUCAGCAAUGAUGACAGUGAUGAUGAUUAUGAUUAUGAUGACGAUGACGAUGAUGAUGAUUGUGAUGUUGAAAAGGUGGAAAGUGAUGACACAGAGACUGUCACUGGACUAGAAGAAAUCAAUGCAAGAUGGCAAAGAGGCUAUUCUAAAUACUCAGGCUGUGAGAAGAAACCUGUUAAGGUUCAUUUUGCCUGCGACACCUCACUGAUGACAGUCCAUCCAAUGGUAAAGUGGAACCAUGCGUACCAUGAAGCUAGAUGUGGUCCAUGGGAACAAAUGGCCAGGGAUAGAGUGAGAUUCAUGGCACGCAUCAAGCAGAUGGAGCCUGUGCUUGCUGCGGUGUUUUCUGCGGAACACAGACAGUGUGUAUGGAGCAAGCGCAUGACAGAAGAGUCCCCCUAAAUCUUCUCUUAAAUGAGUUACUCAUAUCCAUAUUACUCCUUAAUAACAGACAUGUGAAAAUCUGGAGAAGAAAGGUCUUUAAGCUCUAGAAUUCUUCUUGAUAAAUAAAAUUAAGCCUUAAUAGGUCGUGAAAUAUUAAUUUUUUCAAAUAUCAUAAGUGUACUGCACCAUGUUAUUUAAUAAAAUUAAUUGCAUAAUUGUUAUUUCAAUGGCUUGACUAAAUACUGUUGUAUUCGCCAUGGUGUUCAUUUUUAAUGAAUUAAGGCAGUUGCAUAAAGUGGCUUGAAAUGUAGUGUUGAAAUAUUUCUGUUUUAUAUCGGUCCAGUGUGAUCAGUGUAAAUGUUGACAGUAAUAGGGCAAAGAGUUGGAAAGAAGAGCAUUUUGUGUCAUUUUGUAUGUAUACCUUUACAGCUGAAUUUAUACAUUUUCUUUUAAUUUCAAAAUAAUGUCUAUUUUUUAUUCAGUUACCAAAAGAGGGAGAAAUAUCUUCAGAGGAUUUUGUAGGCACAUUUAUGAAAUUUAAAAAUAUUUGCAUAAACUGAUUCAAAGUGAAUUUCGAUCUUCUUUAGGUGUACAAAAGUUGCAACAAUGUCACAUGUUAACAGUAAAUAAAUAAUUGUAAUGUAUCUGCAGUGAAUAUCUGUAUUGCCAGCCCCAUUGCUACAAGUUUCAGAAAAACUGUAUUUAGCGUAGUUGUACUUUCUUCAGACACACACACACACACACACAUAUAUAUAUAUAUAUAUGAAUUACACACAGUACAAACUAGUGCCAAUGCUGUAUAGUCCCAAUACAAAGAGCAUUAUUAAAUAACUGUCUUUAAAAAUUACAUACACAGUAUGUAAACAUUUGGUGGCAAGUCUCUUGCUGUCUGUCACAUUGGUUCAGUCACUGCCAUGAAAAGGUUAAAGGUUUGGAGAAAUAACCUCGGUAUAAAAUGCAUGCAAGAAUGGAAACAGUGGAUGCCUCUUAUUUUCAUAAAAUAUUGCAGUACUGAGAAUUAGAGGUAUGUGAAUCUCACAUUCUUCUAAGAAAGAUAGAGUUACCAGCAAAUCUGUCUAAAUGAAGUUGCUUUGCUAAUGUGUCCAGGAAAAUGGUAAUGAUCCUCUGAUUCAAUUCUGUUGGACCCCCUCCAUACCUUUAUUCUCUGCUCUCUCUCUUUUGAAUAUCACUUCUUACAUUCUCUUCGCACCUCAACACAAACUGAGUAUCAUUAUUUUUUGUAUGCAAUUGCACAUUGUAUACAAGCUGAAAAAGCUAAGAAUGUAGUGACACAAAAUUAUGAAGAAUUAAAAUUACCUAAAUGAGAAUAGUCUUGGUCUUUUUUGGGAUUUCAUAUUUACCGUCUCUUAAAAAAACUUUAGUUCUUCCUUAAUACAAUAUCGUACAUUUUAUUUUAGGUGUUUAUAAUUUCUUUGCUAAAAGUACCAAUUGAAAGUAUCUCCCCCCCCCCCUUAAGUAAAAGUUUAAAAUUUUGAUUGUGGUGUAGGAGGAGAUAGUAUAAGUUCGGAAUGACAAAUGAAAUUCUGGACUGACUUUUCACAUUAUAGUUCAGCAGCCAUUCCAUGCUGGUUGCCUUCCACCUUGAUGCAACAAAUUUAGCAGUUCUGCCUUUGUAGAAACGUUUAUGAAAACCCUGUGUUUUGAACUCCACAGAUAUUGUCUGCAACUUUUAUUUAUUGCUGUGGUCAGUAGAUCUUAUCUGCUUGCAUAUGAAAUUCAGUUGUGGAAAGAAAAACGUCACACAUGGUUAUGUCUGGGGAGGUAUGGAGUUAAUGCUGUUUCUGGCCAGAAAUUUAUUCACACAUUUGAAGACUUAGGGGAAUCAUUUUUUCAUGAUGGAGGAACCAAUUUCCAGUGUGCAGUUUUCAGGAUGUUUUCAUUGCAUCUUCCAUUGAUGCUGCAGAACAUCUGCAUACAUACGUUGAUUCUCAUUUUGUUCCUGUGGAAUGUUCUGCUGAUGUCAAGUUCCAUCAGUGUUAAAAACAUGCCGUAAAUGGAUAUCAUGUUCAGUAACAUCCGUUCUACUUUAGAACUUCAGAAACAUCUCAUUUUAGUUGCACUCACUAUUUUCUCUCCAAAAGCACGUUUAACAUGGCAUAAGCUUCUGUAGCAGUUUUUCCUAGCUUCAAACUUGAGGAAAUUUCAUUUUUUGAAAAAAUUAUUGAAUAACACAUGGUUAGUAUGAAAUUAACAUCAGAUUAUACAGUAACUUAUAUUGUAUUAUCACUUAGCAGGAGAAUUCUAUUAGCUAGUAGUGCCACAUUGCAGUUAGUCUGGAUAUUUUUAUUGCACCUUGUGUAGUGAGAUACCAGCUUUUAUCAAUGAUGCCAUCUCAGAAACUGUGAAUAAAUUACAAAAGUAAUCCUGAAGGAACAAGAGAAGGUACGCUGCUCUCAACAGUCAUGUGCCUUGGGACAGAAUGAAUAAUUUAAUAUGCUUUCAAAGGGAACUGAGUUUAAAAUAUUUUACCUUGAAAAUGUUACGUAACUGCUGAAAACUACUGAAUGAACCAGGGUCAUUUUUUCUUAUUUUGAUGAUGGCAAACUGUCAGCCUGUCAUGUCAGUAAUCAUAACAAACUUAUACCCUUCAGUCAUAUGUUUCCCGCUAUUAUUAACCCAAUGAAAGGGACUAGAUUCUGUGUGGGUUCCCUAUAAAUUGAAAAACAGACAUCCUGGUAUCAUGCAGUUUUGUUUUCUGUUUCUUCAGAUGCUGAUGUUCUGUGGGUACAGUGUAGAACAAGUUGCCGGUUUUCUGGGGGCGAUGGGCAGUGGGAGGAACUUCGGUGAGAAUCCAACAGAAAAAGAAAAUAGGGAUUGAAUUAGAUUAUGAAUUUAUGAAUAGUUUUGCAUCUUUUGUUCUAACAUCAAAACAUUUUUUGAAACGUUUUAGCUCAGUGACACAAAAAUUACCCAGCAUAAAAUAAUUGUAGUAGAUUAGGUCAUUAUUUACACAAAAAUCCCUACAUUCCCAAAUAUCUAGAACUCUUCCCCACUUGACAGAAUCAGUUCAUUGAGUGCUUUAUUAUCAUCAUCAGGGAACAAGUGAGAAAUUAUUAUGAAUAGUUUAAUAUUAUUGCAGAUACCUAGAAUGCUUCUAAGGGCAACAGAGUGCUUAUGAAUCUAAUAUUGACAAGCCUUAACUUAGAAGGUGAAGUUGGCUGGAGGUAAAUAAAGUAAUGUAACAGCUGAUGCAGUUCCUCAUGUGGAAAGAUGGUUUUAUUCUUAAUUGUGAUUUGUACUUUGUGAGAGAAAUAUUCUCUUCAAAAUGAGCAUGAUUUACUUAUUCAAUUUAUAGAUGGAAAAGUUUAUUUGACAGUGAACUGAUAUUUCUUAAGUUUUGGGGAUUCUUCAUGUACCUUAAUAGAAUUCUUUUCUUUGUUUUAUAUGCCUAUAUAAUUUCACCUAAAUAUUAUUACAGGUAUACAUUCUGACAGUAGAUGUUGUCACAUCUAAUAAACCUACAUAUGUGAUAACACAAAUGAAUUGACUGUAACUGUUGAUUCAGUCUGUAUGAAAACAAAUGUGAUUAAUAGAAGUACAACCACAUGGUCUUCUUAGUAACAUUUAUUGAAAUACGAGUGUUAAUCUCCAAGAUAUGUGUAUGUAUAAUAUAUAUUUAGUUGCUGUUUUAAACAGCCAGUUGAUAGUGAUUAUAUUUGCAUUUGUUUAUUUUUGUAGAAUAUUGAUAGGUAUAGCUAAUUAUACGUUACUUGAACCAUGAUGGCAGUGUAUUUUAAGGUAGAUGAUGGCCGUUAGCAACAUUUUAAGUCUGGUGUAUAUGUGGUGUACUGUUGGAGCUGCAUUACUGCCCAUUUUCAGUAGUUUGUUGUGGAAAAAAUUAUAUUGAAAAACAUUUUAUGUAUAAUUAAGAACUAUAAAAUAAUACAAUUGUUGGAGAUGUUCA